UGUGUCUUGUUCCUCUCACCCUCAUGCAUUAACACUGCACAUCUCCUGGCUUUCCAUGGCCUACCAUCCCCUCCUCCACAUAUAAAACCCUAUCACCCCUUCAUCGCAUCUCAUCGUGGCUUCUAGAGCCCCCUGAAGUCUCUCUGUACAUACAAUCUUGUAUAGAUCCCGAGUAGUGAGCAGUUCCUGUGCUGUUCAUCGCAAGAACCCGAUUGUUCAACUGGUGUCCAAAUGGAUCCCAUUACUAUAGAGAAGAUCAGGGCCAUGAACAAGUUUAGCAAGAGCAGGAGGCAGCAGAAGCUUCCUACUCUUUCAAUCUACCUGGUGACCACCUUUGUCAUCUGCUUGCUUCUUACCAGCCCUGCUUGGUUCCCUAGCCUGUGCUCACUCCUCAGCUUCUUCUUCCUCACCACCCUCCCUGACUUGGUCACGGCCUUCCUGCUAAGCCCCAAGUGCCUCUUCAUCGUCGGCAACCUCAUCGUCGCCUUCCUGGUCGGCGAGUCUUGGCUGGCACCAAGGAGGGACGACGAUCAGCCUUUAUUGGUGAAUGAGAUACACGAGGAGCAUGUGAAGAGGAACAUGGCGAUGGUCACAAAGGUGACAACCUCAAUGGUGGUGGUGUCUGACCACAGUGCCUCUGUUGGAGCGGUGGGGGAGGAAGUGGAGGUGAAGGAAGAGGAAGGGGAAGAGGAGGAGCUGCACAAGAGAGUGGAGGACUUCAUUGCAAGGGUGAAGAAGCAAAGGAAGCUGGAAGCCAAGAGCUUCUUCGAUGUUGAUCGAUAACUAUGAUCUGGAAGGUGCAAACUAGAAGCAAGAUUGCAUACAAAGGAUUUGUAAGGUUUUGUGCUGCUAUCCUUGAUUCUGUCUUGUUAGGUUAAAAGGUCAGGGGUAAGGAGGAGUUGGAGAUGAACCCAUUCCACUGUAGGAAUUGCAGUGUAACUGAGGUGUAACCUUGGCAAGUAUUAGGGAAAGGAGAGACAUGGAAUGUGUGUGACCUUUGAGAAAAGUACAAAAUAAGAAAAGUGAUGCAUGGUGUGUUUCUCUUAUCUUGCUUUGUGUCAAGGCUCAGUUGGCAUGCUGCCAUGAUGAUAAUUAUAGCACUUCUGUACUGGGGAACAAAGAAAUUCUGUACUCUCAACCUGAUGUUUAUAAAGUUGUCGAGUAACAGAUUA